AUGCGGCGUCGGUUUGUUGACAGCGAUGCCGAGAGCUCAUCAUCGUUCAGUGACUUGUCCACGUCGGUAUUGAAUGCAAGCGGCAUCGGGUCGCGGACAUCUCAAAGGGACGAACCGUCGAGCCAGCAGCAAUCGCCGUCAUCCGUCGACGAGAGCAGUUCAGAUGAUGCGUCGUCGUUGAGCGACUCGAGCUCGUCGGAGGAGGACGUGGAUCUCGUUCAGCAACUGCAGGAAAAGGUUAGGGCCGGAAUCCGUGCCAUCGUAGGGACGCGGGAGUCCAGGUUUGCCAACAGAACCAACACUAGUUUGAAAUGGAAGGAAGAUGUGGCGUACGCUGCAGCCGAAGCUGCAUACGUGGCGCAAAAGCAAGCAGACCAAGACAAGCUCGUGGCCGCGCAUCACGAACGAAAGCUUGAUCGCAAACGGGCGAAGCUGGCAAGGAAGCAAGACAAAGCAAACCGAAAGAAGGAUCGACUCAUGGCGAAAAAGACCGCUGAAUGCAACAUGAAGGCCGCCAAGUUGGAUUGCAAAAUGACAAUCUUAGCACAGCUGCGUUUAGAGCGACUCACCGAAGUCCGGGCGAAGAGCAUUCACGACGAAUUGCCGUGGAUGAGCGCCCAGGAAGCCGAGUUCGCGGACACGUUGGCUGCGUUCACUUCUAAGGAAUCGGCAAAACACGUGGCGCUGGCUGACAGCCUCAACUUUGCCGAUGAGAUGGGAAGAAAAAUUGGGACACUACCAGCCAUCCGUUCUCCCAGCCGUAUCCAGCACCCCGACCAGAUUGAAACGACGACGACGCUCGUCUUGCGGUUGGCGUCCGCUCAAGUCAGAGUCUCUGGCGAGUCGACUCAAGAAAACACCAGCACGACGAUGGAAAGGGCAUCCAAACACAAAACGUUGUUCACUGUCAAUCUCAAGCGCUUCCGGCAUGUCGAGCACUGCCAAGGGGACAAGAUCGGCGAACGAGGGUGUGUUGAAUUGGGCAAGUCGCUGCUUACGGGGGCAUGUCCACGUCUGAAGGAGCUUCAUCUUGGGUGGAAUGGGAUCAAGUUUCCAGGGGUAGCGUCUUUGUCGGCGGCGUUUAGCCGGGGUGGGGGAUCCCAGCUCACGUUUCUGGAUUUGCGAGCCAACAGCUUGGACGCGAAAGGAGUCGGCACCCUCUUCGAUGCCAUGGCGAACGGCGGACUACCAGAGCUUGAGACCCUCAUAUUGGCUGGAAACAUGUUGGGGGACUUGGGAGGCAAAGCAAUUGCUCAUGCGUUCUUGAAAGGAUUAUUUGGCACGCUGCGGGUCUUGGACAUCAAAUCGAACGGAAUUCGGAACGACGGAUGCCGUGCUAUGUUCACGGCGUUCACGGCGGACUGUUUUAACCGCCUGGCACCCAAGUUGCACCUCUUGGACAUGCGGCGCAACUGCAUCAACCAAGUCACCGCCGACACAUUUGUCCCAUGCCCAAAGCACAUAUCGUUUUGAUUGGCAUUUUCUAUAUUUCAAU